CGGAAGAACUACUCUGCUUUCACAAUAAGAAGCGCCACUUCAUUCCUUCAAUUUAUGGUUUUGGCGCCAAACAUCUCCCAUUAAUCCAUCUUCCAAAUUCAUCAUUUCAAUCUCAUUCCACCCAAAGCCAUAACCCUAACAAACCAUCCAAACACAACACAACCCAACCCAACCCGAACCUUCUUUUUCUCGAUUCCUAGUCUCAUCAAACAACAACAACAAAGAAGAAGAUAAUGUUUUAUUCUCAAACAUUUUUGGCGCGAAAAGGACCGCUCUCCACAGUGUGGAUCGCCGCUCACCUCCAAAACAGGCUCAAGAAAUCCCACUGCACCGCCACCCACAUCCCCUCCACCGUUCAACACAUCAUGGAUCCUGGGGUUCCCAUUGCGCUGCGUAUGUCUGGGCACCUUCUGCUUGGUGUCGUUCGCAUAUACAAGAUGAAAGUUGAUUACCUUUUGGACGACAGCAAUGCCGUUGUGAUGGCUCUAAUUAAAGCGUUAGAUUCAAUUAAAUUUGCUGCACCAGAGGAUGCGAGGCAAGCGUCGUUUCAAGCUAUCACUCUGCCAGAAACGUUCAACCUUGACGCCGUUAACCUGGGCGAAGAAAUAGAUAAAGACAGAUUUGAGGACGUUCACAUGAGGAGUUUCGAAGAUAUCACUCUUACAGAUCAACCUGUUAUAAUGGAUCAAUAUUUGGCUAUAUCUCUUGAUGAGGAUAUAAUGAUGGAUUCCUCACACACAGAAGUAUUGCCAGAUUCUGGGGCUGGACCAAUGGAGGAGGACACUAUCCCCCAAUCUGCAUCGAUGAAUUUUGUUGUUGGUGUUGAAGAUCAUGUUCCAAGUACCCAGAGAGAAUCGCCCACCAUCCAGCAUACUGCUGGUGACAUAAGUGGCUUGGGUCCUGGCGACAACAGUCCUGCACAAGUUACCCAAGCCAACCCAAUUGAAUUUCUUCGUGAUCCCAACAAUGAUCAUAUUCCAGAAACCCCCCCAGUAUUUCCUAAUCUUGAGGAUAAUGAUGUUAUCCCAAAUAGAAAUCACGAACAAACUACGACCGGAAAGGAUCCUGUUCCUGAAAUGAUUGGUGAUUUGGAUCCUCAAGUGGUGUCUGCACCAUCUCAGCAACAUUUUGGACCACCAACUCCAGUUACUUCUCAAGGUGGCAUCUCAGGUGCACAAGUUGGUGGAGAGAAUAUUUCUCCCAAUUUUAUGCUUCGUGAAAGUCCACCAGUACAGCAACCACAACGGAGGGGAAGGAAGAGAAAACAAUUCUUCGAUGAACCAAUAGUGUUAUCAAAUAGAGUCAUGAGGGGAGCACUUAAUAAUCCUCGUGAUAUACUGCGGAAAAGAAGGGAAGUUCCUUCCUCUAAUUUGGGUACUUGGAAAUUGAACAACAGUCGAAGGAAGGAACACAUUUUUGAUCAGCCCUUGUUAACUGGUCUUUGUAAGGAUCUUUUAGACAUAUCCAAUAGUGAAUAUGUACAUUCAAGACCAAAUUUGGCCAUCUCCGAGGAAGAUCAUGUGGAUGCUAGGAUUACUAAACCUCUUUCUCCAACUAACCAAUCCCCCGAAGAGCCAAUAGUUGCUACACCUCCUGUUACUACCUCUGAUAUGGAAAUUGAACGCCUUCGUAAUGUUGCUGUCUCUUCCCCUCCUGCUGUCCCAGUACCUGAUGUGGUUGAAGGUGAUUAUAGGAGCCCUGAUAGAAGAAAUGACUUUACUAUGGCUUCACCUCAUAAAUUAGGGUCCAUAUCAGUUGCUUCUUUGAGAACAAAUAUUGAAGCUGAGACAAUGCAGACGCCAGAUUUAGCAGCAUCACCUGAUGCUCAUGAAUUGGAGACAAUGCACACUCUCGAUUCAGAUAGCCAUCUUGUAAUCAAUUCUCCUGAAACAAAUGAGCUUUGGUUUCUGGAAGUGGACAGCACAACGCCAGCCAGUUCACCAUGUGGUACAAGUGGAAGUAUUGACAUAUUGUCUGGAAGGACUGGGCAAGUAGCUCAAUGUUUGAAAAGGCUUUCUCCAAUCACCCCAAUUUUGGAAGACCCUGUUGGAGAUCUCAGCUUGAACAAGAUCUUGGAAGGGAAAACUAGAAAGGUCUCUGCUCGAAUGUUCUUUGAAAUAUUGGUUUUAAAGACUCAUGGACUUGUUGAUGUACAACAAGAAGAACCUUAUGGUGAUAUCAACUUGAAGUUGACUUCUACACUUUUAAAUGCUCAAAGUUGAUAUUUUAAGUUGUUAUUAAUCUUUUGCGGGCCCUUGUGUAUAUAGUUGGAUUCUUGCUAAGAACGGAAAUGCAAUUGGGUGGGUAGAGACGGGCACAUUACGACCAGCUUGAAGAGAUGAUUUUUGUCACUCUUAUUUUGCACAUAUCUGCAUCCUGUUUAAUUUAUAUUUAACUAUAAUGAUUGACUUCAUUUUUUUUAUUCAAUCUAUUUAUAGUUGGCUAAAAAGGAACAUGAUUUAGGAUUAAAUUUAUUUUUCCAGCUUGUAGUUUGGUCUAACUUUUUUGUCAACUGAUUAGCAAAUGCAGCAUAAAAAAAUUAUGCGUUCAGGCGUUUUCCAAAAAUGAGGAUUUAUUUGACAUGUAAAAGGCGAUCUCUCAGCCCAUUCAUCAAAAGAAAGUGUUCUAAUUUAGGAUUUGGGAAACGUUUUUUUUUAACAAAUAGAUGUCAAAUCAUUAUCCCUUUAAUAUUUAGUUGUAUUUUUGAGAUUUAUGCAUACACAAGAUAUAAGAUAAGAUCAGGAUAAUGAAUAUAGGCACAUCAUAUCAAUUUUUACUGUUCAAUUAACAAAAUUACAAUUAACAUUAGUAAGACAACCAUCGACCCAACUUCCUAUAUGUUCAACAAUAUUCAAGGAUUGCUAAUGUCAUAAUUCAACCCGACAAAGGAGAGAAUUCCCUAUUCCAACGAAAAUGUCUUGCAGAUGGACAAGCUAACAAGCACGACCAAGAGUCAAAAUAUAAAAGCACGUUUAUAAUGGUAGAUUUAUUUAUUUUUUCAUUUUGCCCAAAAUCAAUACCAAAAUCAAGGGCUCAGGAUAUUGCACACCUAAUUGUAUCUAAAUAUAACGAUGCCCUCACCUCACCAUAAUGGUGAAGCCAGCCACUGCUUAAGAGAAGUCACAAUUCUAUCAUGGUGAGAGGAGUGACUGGUUAAAUGCAGCAACUUGCUUGAUUUUAAAAGCCUUCUGUAAAUAUGGCUCUGGCUCACUACUAGGCAGUAUGAAGGUAUAAAUUCCCACUCAAAAUUCAGUUAGGAAAUUUAUUUUGGUCUGCAAAAACACCACAUGCCACAAGGUGUAGUUUUAAUUGAUGACUAUAUAGUAUUUUCCAAACCAAUAAAAAACAAAUUCCAAGUAGAAAUAUAGAACGUGUAGGAAUUAUUUUACACACCAAGCCGAUCGUUAU